AUGGACGACCCAAACAAUGACAGCCGCAGCAGCAGCAGCGGCCAUCAGGGCGGCGAUGGCUCCCGCCGCAACCUGGUCUACGCAGAGAGGUUCAAAGAACGGCUAGAGUCGAUCUCCCAAGAGGCGCAGAUUCUCUCCGAAAUAACCAAGCCAUACCGCGAAGAAGCCCGCCAGCAGAUCAACCGCGCAAUCCCCGAAGGCAAUUGGCCUGCCUACAUGGCGAUCAGCGGCGUCACGCGGGACAAGAUCAUUACCCAUGGUGAGGGGCUCAUCUCGGCCCUCGCGGCCACCAACAACACCAGCCUCGAGGAUUCGCAGGUGCAGGCUGUGGCGGACAGCCUGAUGGCCAAUGCUCGCACGACAUCCAUGAGCCAGUGGGGCAUGUUCUCCGGGACGCUUUAUAUGGCCUACCGGAACCGCCACUCAAUGCCCCUCCGUCUUGCAGCUUCCAAGGGUCGCCUGUUCAAGUAUGUCUGGCCCGGUGUGCUGUUCCUCGUCUAUUCCAUCCCUGUCUCGCUAUUCCUCUCUCCCAUUGUGACGGCUGCAGGUGCCAGAUACCACGCGGGGAAUUUUAGAAAUGACCCUAGGCUGAGCAGCCUUUCGCUUGACUUGAGCGAAAACCUUCACCGGCGCUUGCAGAGCGCACAAGGGCAAGUGCCCAACCAAAGAUACGGCGAGAGAAGCCAGGAUAAUUCGGACACGCCGUCGCAGAGAUAUGAAGGAAUCCAGCAACCAGCAAGCCCUGGUUGGAUGCUAGCUAAGAAUAUUCAAUCACCACCACCCAGCUCUCCAACCAGUGGUUGGGGAGUAUCAGACGAUGAGGAUGACGACGCUUCACCUAUUGCUUCAUCGGCUCGACGAUCACCGCCUGACUCCGGUCUUUCAAAAUGGGAACAAUUGCGAAUUCAAUCAGGGUCUCAACAACGCCCAACUCGUUCGCGACCACCCCAAGAGAGCAAUAGCAAUGGCUUGGGCUCCACUCAAUCAUCAGACUCGGGGGAUGACGAUAGGGCAAGGUCACAAGCACAACAAGAGUUCGAUGCGCUCUUAGAGAAAGAGAGACAAGGCACUGGAGAAGGGCAAGCAUGGGGCAGGAAAUAA